GCUCGGCCGCCGCCGCCGCAGCCGCUGGCGCCACCGCCCACUCAGGGCUUGCUUGCUCGGGCUGCCGGGGUGCAGAGUAGGGCCGGGCUGGGCGAGCGCACGGCCAUGGCCCCUUGGCUGCAGCUCUGCUCCGUCUUCUUCACGGUCAAUGCCUGUCUCAACGGCUCGCAGCUGGCUGUGGCGGCGGGUGGCUCCAGCAGAGCGCGGGGCGCCGACACCUGUGGCUGGAGGGGAGUGGGGCCGGCCAGCAGAAACAGCGGGCUGCACAACAUCACCUUCAGAUACGACAACUGUACCACGUACUUGAACCUGGUGGGGAAGCAUGUGAUUGCCGAUGCCCAGAAUAUCACCAUCAGUCAGUAUGCAUGCCACGAUCAAGUGGCGGUCACCAUUCUUUGGUCCCCAGGGGCCCUCGGCAUCGAAUUCCUGAAAGGAUUUCGGGUAAUACUGGAGGAGCUGAAGUCAGAGGGGAGACAGUGCCAGCAACUGAUUCUAAAGGACCCGAAGCAGCUCAACAGUAGCUUCAAAAGAACUGGAAUGGAAUCUCAACCUUUCCUGAAUAUGAAGUUUGAGACAGAUUACUUUGUGAAGAUUGUCCCUUUUCCUUCCAUUAAAAAUGAAAGCAAUUAUCACCCUUUCUUCUUCAGAACGCGAGCCUGUGACCUGUUGUUACAGCCAGACAACCUGGCCUGUAAACCCUUCUGGAAGCCUCGAAAUCUGAAUAUCACCCAGCACGGUUCAGACAUGCAGGUAUCCUUCGACCAUGCACCACACACCUUUGGCUUCCGUUUCUUCUAUCUUCAUUAUAAGCUCAAGCAUGAAGGACCAUUCAAGCGAAAGACCUGUAAACAGGAGCAAAAUACAGAGACAACCAGCUGCCUCCUUCAAAAUGUAUCUCCAGGGGAUUACGUAAUUGAGCUGGUGGAUGACACUAAUACAACAAGAAAAGUGAUGCAUUAUGCCUUAAAGCCAGUGCAUUCCCCGUGGGCUGGGCCCAUCCGAGCUGUUGCCAUCACUGUGCCCUUGGUCGUCAUAUCGGCAUUCGCUACACUCUUCACUGUGAUGUGUCGCAAGAAGCAACAAGAUGAAGAGAGUUCUGAGUCCUCCACCUACACCACAGCACUGCCCAGAGAGAGGCUCCGGCCGCGGCCGAAGGUCUUCCUCUGCUAUUCCAGUAAAGAUGGCCAGAAUCACAUGAAUGUCGUCCAGUGUUUUGCCUACUUCCUCCAGGACUUCUGUGGCUGUGAGGUGGCUCUGGACCUGUGGGAAGACUUCAGCCUCUGCAGAGAAGGGCAGAGAGAAUGGGUCAUCCAGAAGAUCCACGAGUCCCAGUUCAUCAUCGUCGUGUGUUCUAAAGGCAUGAAGUACUUUGUGGACAAGAAGAACUGCAAGCACAAAGGAGGCGGCCGAGGCUCGGGGAAAGGGGAGCUCUUCCUGGUGGCGGUGUCAGCCAUCGCCGAAAAGCUCCGCCAGGCCAAGCAGAGCUCAUCGACGGCGCUCAGCAAGUUCAUCGCUGUCUACUUCGAUUAUUCCUGCGAGGGAGAUGUUCCUGGCAUCCUGGACCUGAGCACCAAGUACAAACUCAUGGACAACCUUCCGCAGCUCUGCUCCCACCUGCAUUCCCGAGACCACGGCCUCCCAGAGCCUGGGCCGCACCCUGGACACAUCAGCAGGAGGAACUACUUCCGGAGCAAGUCGGGCCGGUCCCUGUACGUCGCCAUUUGCAACAUGCACCAGUUUAUCGACGAGGAGCCCGACUGGUUUGAGAAGCAGUUCGUUCCCUUCCAUCCUCCCUCACUCCACUACCGGGAGCCAGUCCUGGAGAAGUUUGACUCAGGCUUGGUUUUGAAUGAUGUCAUGUGCAAACCAGGGCCUGAGAGUGAUUUCUGCCUCAAGGCCGAGGCAGCCGUCCCUGGGGCACCGGCCGACUCACACUUGGAGGGCCAGCAGCUCAGCUUGGAUGAAGACAUGGAAGCCGGGCCCAGCCCGGGAGGCAGCUCGGUCCUGCAGCCCCUGCUGCACGCGGGGAAAGCUGUCAGCCCCUUGGGGAUGCCACGGGACUCAGGCAUCUACGACUCAUCCGUGCCCUCCUCCGAGCUGUCUCUGCCCCUGAUGGAAGGGCUCUCAGUGGACCAAACAGAAACGUCCUCGCUGACAGAGAGCGUGUCGUCCUCCUCAGGCCUGGGUGAGGAGGACCCUCCUGCCCUCCCGUCCAAGCUCCUCACCUCUGGGGCGUGUAAAGCAGAACCUGGUUGCUGCAGCUACACUGGUGAACUCCACACGGUCGUCCCUUUGUAACGAAACGGAAGAGUCUAAGCAUUGCCACUUUAGCUGCCUCCUCUCUCUGGUUCCCCAGCUCAUCUCUCUGGUUGCGUGGCCCACUUGCAGCUGAGGUCUCCUACAAGGAUAUUCUGAGUGAAAUUCAUGCCAGUACUUGCUCUCCUCGCCCCUACCCUCUACCAGAUAUCUUGGCAAGUCUCCAGUUUUCUAAAACCAUAUGGAGCUCUGAAAGGCAUGUCCAUAAGAUCUGACAGAAGCUUGCCGUGUUAGGUCAGACCUUGGAUUAGUGCCAAUUCUGGGAGGUAGGGAGAAAACAUGUAAAGAAAUAGAAAAAUACCUGCACUGAUCCUUCAGACUUAAUUUAUCUCCGUAAACUUUGCCUCUUCACUGUUGGCUACUUUGAUUUGAAAUGCUUCGUAGAGAAAGCACUUUUAAUGCUAUUGCAGCCACAGAAAUCAAGUGCCAGUCGAUGUGGAAGCCAUGUCGUUCCAGAUGACAUUCCUUUCGGUUUUUGGUGUGCAACUUAGGAUGGUCGUGGGUGCUAAAAAAGCUCUAAGUCAAGGUCAAGAAGGUGACUGAAUAUACAAUCAUCACUCAUAGAAUGAGUCUUUAUGUAUUGGGGGAAAGCAUGGCUGGCUGAAGUGGGGGCUGCAGGGCCAGGCUGACUGUCUAGACCAUUCUUUCUGAGAUGGGUGGGUCAACAUGCACCGGAGCUCAGCACCCAGGGCCUCCUCUUGGUGUAAGAAGGCAUCACACGAGAGCCAGCUCUGCCUGCCAAGCUUCCCUGGGUUACACCUACUGAGCUGGGUUACACGCUUCCCUGGGUUACACUUACUGAGCUGGGUUACAUGCUUCCCUGGGUUACACCUACUGAGCUGAGUUACACGCUUCCCUGGGUUACACCUACUGAGCUGAGUUACACACUUCCCUGGGUUAUACCUACUGAGCUGGGUUACACGCUUCCCUGGGUUACACUUACUGAGCUGUAUCUCGGAUGUUGGUGCCUGGAAGUUUGAGAGACUGAUACACGACUGUAGUGCUGGAAUUUGCAGUUCAUGCAUCGGUUGGCCUCUGGUCUGACGCUGUGUCCAGAAUAUGAGGGACCAGAACCCACUGAAAUACGGCAGUGUGUGGGGGUGGUGGCCGAUUAAUCUGCUGGACUGGUUUGGACUGAUGACAAACCUCUUUUUAAGAAGGUGAAAACGAGGGGACUGUCACAAAGAUGAAUGUGCUCUUCGAAUAUUGUCUAAAGAAGACGUGGGACCGGAAAUCAUUAAAUCCUGAGUUGUAAAGCACUCCCCCACAGCCCAGCCUGUGAAUCAUGUUUCAUUUUGUGUUUCUGUUGUACUGUCCCAAUGAAAGGUUUGUCUCUUGUGUUCCAUUGUACGAAGCACAGGUUUAGCACAGGUUCCAUUGUACGAAGCACACAUUUAGAGCUUAGAAGGAAAGAAUUUGCUUUAAAAGGAAAAGUAAAUGUUCUGUUUUCACGAAUAACUUCCCCACAGAAUUUCUGUUUCCAAAGGGAAAAUGGUUGUUCCCUUCUCCCCCCUCCCCCAUGAGGGGAUGUGAGCAUCUUUUCCUACCUUUUUCAUAUGUGCUGUUGAAUUUGGCACUCACACCGGGGACCGUGGUUUUGACUCCUCCCGCAAAUAGGACCAAUAUUACGGGGGACGCUGAGAAACAUCCCAAGGAGAGGUGGGAAGUGGGAGGUGGGAGGGGGCAGGGCUUCUCCUUCCAGGCACAUGCUGGGCAGGUGGGGAAGGGAAUGUUUACACCCCCCCUGGAAAGAAGAGGUUUGUGUGUAUUUUUGAUGCAAAUGCCACACUCCCUACUCUGUAAAGGCAGCUGGCAGCUUCUUGGGAGAAGAACGUGCUCGUCUGUUCUCUGGCAUCGAGUUUCCUGCAGCUGCUCUGAGGGAAAGACAAGUGAGCAGCAAAGCUGCCUCCCCCGUAAAACCAGGCAUCUUGUUGGAGAAGAGACGUUCCAUGUUGUCACUGUGGAUUACAGGACAAGCACAGAGUCCCUGCUCACAGCGACUGUCCUGUCAUUCCAUCCUCGGCAUACAUUCUGGGAAGGAGACUGAGCGGUCCAAACUUGCCAACAUAUGCAAAUUCACUUUGGAACAUUAUCAGAGAGAUUUCUUAUCGAGGCCAAGAAAUGGUGUGUGCCCCAAAGGAACCAUUACAGUAGGAGCCACUUUUAGGAUAGAUAUUCAUCUUUGCGUGUGAAAUGAGGCAUCUCUGGGAAAGUGGCCCCAGGAAUGGCAUGGAGGACUGGGGCGGGGGAACAUCAACUGGGCUUCGUGAGCUUGGGCAGAGAGCUUGAGAAAUGAACUCACUUACUAUGCAAAUGGAAGGGAAGAAAGGCGCUAGUCCACAAAUCAGGUAAUUUUUCAGUUUGGAAUUAGGGUUUGGAUACUUAUUUUGAAAUACGAAUGUUUCUGGUGUUCAACAAAAUCGAACUGUUGUACCAAGUAAUGAAACGACAGCGUGAAUGCCUAACUCAGAAUAAGUUGAGAAGGCCAGCUUUCUGGUUUUACCUUAUUAGUUUCACCUUUUUUUUCCCCCCACCCUUCCCAUCUCCUGCUGGAAAUGGGAAUAGCUGCCUUGUAGAUUAAAGCAAAACAUCUGUUUUAAGAAAAUCUCCUUUUUUUUUUUUUUACUUAUACAUUGUUCCAGGCAGUGGAAAUAAUAAGACAGAAUUUAGAUAAAGGUUCUGUAAGUCACAGGCUUUUAGACAUUGGGGAAAAAGAAUUAGAAUAUAUGGAUGCUCUCAAUAAAAGUCUUUGAUCCUGAGAGUCAAAGGCUUGUGUAGCUAAGUUAGAUGGUGUCCUCUAGACACGAGAACAGGGAUAAGUCCAAGGUUCCAGGGAACCAGGUAACCUGCAGGUAGGUAAAGGUAGGGAGCUAGUUGUUUAUCCUAACUCACCAAUGCCCUACAGAAAAAGGACUGAGCAUCUGACACAGUCAUCUAUGCCAGGAGAGUGAUCAGGGAGGUGAAAGCCCAGGUCAAGGUGUGCUCUUCUCUCUUCCCACCUAAAAGCGAAAGGAACUACCUGGAUGGGCCAAGUCCUGGGCCUUUGAGCCACACUGAUCUCUGGAAAGAAUCAGGAGUCAUUCAGGUCCACGCCCAGGUACUCAGGUGGGUGACCCAGCCAGGUAAUAGUAUUUUGAGCCAAAAAUGAGAUGGGUCCAUAAAGUCAUGAGACAGAGUUUUCGGUUGAUACAUUAGAACCAGUAGUAGCUGAAGAUAGUUCCAGAUCAGAAAUUCAAAAAAAUGUCCUUAGCAACAAUGACAUCAUUGGAAUCAAUGUGCAGUAAUGUAAGUUCAUGUAUGUUUCUCAAAGUUUAGUCUUACUACUUCAUAGCCACAAAUGCCUUGUUUUUUAACUGACCCGGGUCUCAUAUUCCCUGACUUAAGCACAAAUAAACAGGAAAACCAUCCCUCUAAAAAUGUGGGCUUAUAUGAUUUUCAGAGCUUUUUCCCCUCCAGCGUUGAGCAUCUGUUCCUUUAAAAGAAACAAGGAAGAAAAAUGAAAGCUGUUUUCUUCCUGGGAAAGAUAUGACACACCCUCCUCCCCAAAGAGAGAAAACCCUGCAGUCUCCAACCACCUAAACACUAAUUUGGCUCUCUUAAAGAGGUAGGAAUUACUCUUCGUAUGUUUAUUGGAGAGAGGCAGGCCAGGCCAAUGUGAAAGUUGUUAGCUUUCUCUAUUUCAUAUUGUUGGUGAAAAUGGCUACUCUUAUUUAACAGAUGGUAUGUCUGCAGGGGGCACCAGUGUAGCUGGCCAGGUAUAAUGAUAAAUAGGUGUGAUUAUCCAUGGCAAUCGCAUGUCCUGUCAGUGUUAGGGAGACAGUGGGCCUGUGGCCAACUGACGUGGUCCGUCCUACGCGCAGGGGGCUGCUACUCCAGCCAGUUGUGGCCACACAGUGUUUCCUCAUCUUCCCACCUUUCCAGAGAAGCUGAGAACCUGGAAUUUUAAGUGAAAAAUUCUGACUUGGUUAGUAUUGUCAACUAAAUUUAAAAAAAAAAAAAAUUUCAGGGCAUUCAGGCCCAACAGAACACAUGGGUGGACCUGAUUUGGCCUCCUGGCUUCCGGUUUGCCACCUCUGCUUUACAAGAUAUGAAAUGAAAGGCGUCCAUGGUAAUUUCAGAUGACCGGUGCCACCAGAAAACGCUCUUGCUCAGUGCAGCCAGUAGCUGAACUGCUGCUGUCUCUCUCCCAUUAUUCCCUCAAAGAAAUCUGAUAUGAUUGUGAAUGUAUUUGAAAUGUUUUGAUUGCUUUUUUACAUUUCAUGGUGUCUUAAGAGAAAGGCAAGCCAGUUGUUAAUUUUAAAAUCAGAUUUCUGUUCUCCCCAGUUAAAAAAAAAUAAGACACUUAGGACAGUUUCCACUUAAACUCCACAACCUGAAGGACUUUAUUUAUAGUUUUAGCUCUUGGCUUAAACCUUUUUAGAUCAUGUGUGACUCUGAGCGUAGGCCAAGACUUAAUAAGGAAAAGCAGGCUUUGUGGGGAUAGGGCAAGGAAUCCUUGAGUGUCCUCUAGGGCCAGGUCUUUGCAUCGUCUUCUGUUUUAAAUGGAUCUGUGAAUGGAAUCUGUUUUGAAGGUGUGAAAUCAUAUGCCGGAGAAAAGCUUUUCCUCAUACUGAGAUAUCAGGAGUCCUCACACCCUUGCUAUAUCAUCUCUUUUCCAGGCUCAGGGUGAAAAUAAACAAAAGGAAGUCUGACUGUAAGCCAAUAGCUCUGAUUCCGAUUUCAGAGUUUUGGGGGUGGGAGAAAGUUUGGAUUAUCUAGCAUGUUCCCCCAGUGUCAGGGCUGCGCCUGAAUUAUUUCAGACAUAUGGCUGUAGAUGGGAUUCUGGAUUUUCAGCGAAGGAGAUUCUGUAACCUAUCCUGCUGAUCAGAUAGUUCUUUGUAUGUCUUAUAGAAAUUCAAACCGGCCUUCUUUUGUUCGUUGUGUAGUGGGGAAAGAACAGCUGGUCACCUUCCCUGUAUUUGAAAACCACAGUGAAGUCAUCUCCCUGGUGUUUUUAUUUCAGUGAUAAAUAAUCCCACCUACUUAAACCAUUCUCCAUGGCUCUUGUUUUCCAAGGGCUUAAUAAUUUUCACUGCUAUUCUGUGUUUCUCAGUUUCACACUCAGCUUAUUUGCCCAACUAGAAUGUGGUGCCUUAUUCACGUUGGUGCUUUGUGCAGGCCACACUCAGGAUGGGGAUUACAGGGAAAUUCUUAUGUGCCCUGCUUCUCUUGCUACUUAAAAUAUAAUGGCACUUUGAAAAAAUGACAUAUCACCUAUAUUCAUUUUGAGGAUUUUUUGAUUGCCACAUGAUUUUCUUGGCAACAGUCCUCUAUCAUGCAUGGCUUCCCCCCACCUCGUGAUCAAACACUUGGUGCUUAUUCCUGAUGUGUUUAAUGUCAUUCCUGAGCUGCUUCAAGAUGCUCCUCAGGACCAGCUCUGACCUACUGAGUGGCAGCUAUCCCUUCCAAUUUUGCAUGCUAUUUUUAUAUCUCGAGACACCAUCUUUAAUUCAUGACUCAAUAUUAUUAAAUGGUGCGGGCUUCAAUUUAACCACUCGUGAGAUAGACAGCAGUUGCCAAGGGCUAAUUUGCAAAGAGCUCUUGGGAAUUGUGUCAGUUGUCUUCCCUCCUGCUCUUUGGUUCCUCUGCAAAACUCAGCUGGGACCACAGACUCCUCAGGGAGCUUUCUCCUGUUCUAAAAGGCUGCAGCCGUGGCACUGAAUUGACCAAGCUCUAUGUUUCACACAAUCAGAAGUCUGAAAAAAGCAAACUAUUAUACUGUAUAUCUGAUGUUUAUGUCAAAUAAAAUUUCAGUUGAGAAGAUUCAAAGAAGCAAUCUUUUGAUUAUAUGUGCUGUAGACAAUGCUGGUUGCUCCAUUCAUUAGACAAAAAAAAAUACCUUUGGAUUCAACUAAUGUGUAAUUGUCUGUUAUUUUUUAAGAAAGUUUUUUUUCUUUUUUUUUGUCUCAAGAAAAAAACAUAGUCUGGACAGAGCAAAAACUUUUGUAAAACCCAAAUGUGUUCAUUUAGAGAGUAGGUAACUUCUAUUUUCACUGUUUUCCCCCCACCAUAGAAGCUCCCUGUUGCCAUGUUCUGGAGGGGAAAGCCUGUGGGACACAGUGGUUAUUGCCACUGUCUUUGUUUCAUCUUUAAGUUUGUCCUUUGUGGGCUUUGGUGGAAUAGUGAGCACUGACAGACUGUAGCAGUGUGCUGUAUUUUUACAUUGAAAAAUGUCUUUUUCGAUUUGUACAUAACUCUAAAUAGGUGACAGUAGAUCACAGCUGACAUUUGCAAAAUGUUGUUUUUGUACCUUAGAAUU